AUGGCGCCGAUCGACCGCGCUGAACGCGAGGCGCGACGGCAGCAGCGCGUGCGCGGCGCUGGUACCUCCUCCGCCAUCACCGACUUUAAUUUCAACUUCAAUUUUGCGCCCCCAGCUGCGAAGCAUUCGUCGGUUCCUCCGCAACGCACGCAAAGAACGCCAACGCCGAAACAACUGACGCCCCGAAUUGCGGCCAAAUCCGCACAUCGGCACCGCAGCGCAUCGGUACACGCAAGCAGCAGCGUCAGGCGACAUGCGACACCGAAAGCAUUCGCGACCCCGCAGCUGGGCAAGAGGAAGCGGGGCUCCCAGGACGCCCAAGCCCUCGAGGACAAUGGUGAACCUGACGAGCUCAGUCCGGAACAAAACAACGAGACGAAUUCAAGUGAGCAGCCUAGAAGGGUGGUGGGCACAGUAUCGCCAAUACGCGAGGAGGUGGACGAUGAGCCGGACGAGUUGACUGCAGUGCUAGAUGGGACAGGCAGUUUGCGCAAACACGUAGCUGAGAGUACUAUACGCUCUGCGCUGGCUUUGAAGACGCCAACACCUCAGGACAGAACGCCAAGCGCCAGGAAAAGUGCAACAGGUUUUGCCCGCUCGCGACCAUCGGCGCGCAGGUCCAAGUCAACCGAAGCACCACCAGAGACCCCCAUCGUCUUCCCGAACGGUCGUUCUCGUCAGACAACGUCUCGGUCGCCCAACAUUGCGACUCCCAGUGUUGUUCUUGAAGACGAGGAAGACGAACUGGCACCCGCACCAGCUAGCGUCACCCCGAGGAUAGUGGGUAAAGAAACACCUACAUCUUCUGUCCCGCAACAAGAAGAUGAAGCCGACGAGCUCUCAUCGCCAGCCAAAUCUGGAACCACUCCGACUCCCGGAGUGCCAAAGAAGCAGCUGCGACCGUCUCCCAAACAACAGUCCGUUCAGACCACCGUUCCAGUUCGUGCCAAGCGCGGCAGACCCAAGCACUCCAUCGUAGAUGAAGCGGAGGAGGUACAGCCAACCCCAGCAGCUACGCAACACCGACGGAAAAAGACGAGCCUCGAUGCGCGAGAGUCCGCUAAUACCGGAGACUCGACCGACGAGCUUUCGCCUGAAAUCAAUCGCACACAAAGACCACGCGUGAAACGGAGACAAGAUGUGCAACCUGUGCAUCAACACGAAGAACCAGUUGAGAUCUCGUCGGCAGAAGAGGAGUCCGAGGAAGAACAGCCCUUGGAGCAGGACCAACCUGAUGUCAGUAUGUUGCCAGCUCCUAGAGAGAAACCUGUGAAACGGAUCGACACCAAACCAGCGCGCAAACGACCCAAGGUUUCUGGACCUAAGCAAGCGAUUUCUGUUAUGCGAAUCAAGGGUUCCACUGUGAGAGGCAUCACCGUGGCAGACACCACGCGCACGAUACUCGAGGAGACCAUUGACCAUCAGGUUCAGCGCAUGGCUACCAAGAUGCAGACGGUCGAGGACUCGUCACGGCGGAAGAAGCUUCGAGGGCACAUUAAUCUCGCACUCGCCUUCAAAGAGAGUCUGGUGGAAAAGCUGGUGGAUCUUCAAGAUGCCAACGACACCCUUAGUGCGGGUUUCAAAAAGAGGAAGCUACUGAGAAAAGACAACUUGGAACGGAGAAAGGAGAUCCUGCAGAUCCAGAACAACCGUGAUGAAAUUGCGCUGGAGAUGGACGAUAAGCGAGCUGCCUAUGACGCUGAGAAGGCAAAGGCGGAAGCGAAAAGCAAGCUCAAUGCAAACAUGUUUGAAAUACAAGCAGCCAUCCAGAGCGGACGUGAGCGCGCAAGAAGACAAGGACGCGAGGAUGAGGGUCCAGAGAGGCCUAUGAGCAUGCUCAUCGAUAAGGUCGGACGCCAAGUCGGCUCGGUAGGCGGCGGACUGCUGGCGUCACUACAACAAUUCAAUGAGGGCCUGGAAAGAGCCGCUGGAUGGCUCGAAGGGAGGGCGUGA